GCUAGUUCUACUCGCGACUCGCGCGCAUGCCCAAGCGCGAGCGCACUUUACAACAAUGCGCGCAGUUUAAUAAUAAAAAAAAGAAAUACAGCAAAAUUAUUUAGCAAAAUAGUAUGGAGUUAUGUUAAUUUGUGACUUUGCAUUUAUUAAACAAACUUGUGCGGUCUUCGAUUGUAUUCUCAGUUUUGUUAUUAUUUUGUUCAGUGCGGUUCUCCUUCGAUUGAUUAACAAAGACGAUUUAUUAAGAUUUGUUGUAGGUAUUAUGUCUUUGAAGAUAUAGUACGCAAAAGAACAAAAUGGUGGAAAUAAGCAAACCGUUGUUCGCGCAGGCGUGCCAGAAUUUAGACUGUCAUGUUUUACUCCAUCCCUGGCAUGAGAGCUGUAUAAAGUCUAUGCCCCAUACGUACAUCCAUUCAUUUAUAGGGAGUGCCAAGUUUUACUCAAUAAUUUAUGUAGCGCAAAUUGUUAUGCGAGGUAAAAAAUUGAAGAAAAAAGAGGAGUGGUUCAAAAUGGGGGAGUAUUACGCCAGGUCCGUUAUCCUCGGGGGAGCUAUCUGCGCUACUUGUUGCACUUUUGGAUGCAUUUUAAGACGGAUGUUGGGAAAUAAAUUCUACUAUUAUUCGCUAUUCCUUAUACCUAGUACAAUAAAUGGUAUAUUUAUAUACGUUGAACCUCCAAGCAGAAGAGGUCUGGUAAUCAAUUUAUUUACCAGCUUGAUGAUGGAAUACUGGAUCACGACUAUGGAACGAGCUGGUUACUUAUCAAUGACUAAAUCGAAGCAAACAAUCAUGUUCAUGCUGGGAAGCGCUGUCCUUUUCUACCUCAUGCGUUUGGAGGGAGAUAAAAAGGAACGGACACCACUAUUUUGGUUAUUUACGCCAGAAAAGGUGAAACAGAAAACAAAUGAUGAUGACACUCCCUGUCCACACAAAGGGCCGUGUUUGCGAUAUAUCUUAAAGGGUGCUGCCUCGUACUUCGCUGUAGGAUCAGCUUUAACCCUCGCGAGAGUCAUCCUGCCCAGACUCGGAUCCCCAGGGAGAGCCUUCGCUUCGGUUCAGCGCAAGCACUUCAAAAUGGGCCUUUUCUUCGGUUCAUAUAUCGGUAUUUACAGAGCUGUGAUAUGCUACCUGUGCCGUAAACGAGGCGUAGACUCGGCGUUGUACGCGCUGCCGGCUGGAUACUUGGCUGGGCUGUCGUUCCUAUUCAGUCCGACCUUGGGGUUCGCGACUGCAUCAAUCACAGCAGCAUUAAAGUUGUACUCAACGGUUCUCUACGAGAAGAAAAUACUGCCGAGCAACAUCCCCCUAGCAGAGAUAAUGUAUUGCUUCUGCCAGGGAACUCUGUUCCACGCUCGGUUCAUGCACCCGGAGACUGUGCCUAGCUACAUGUUCAAGCUCACGAAUGGUGUUAGCAAUGGAAGAACUCAAUUACUAUCGGACAAUCUUCAAGCAGUGGCAAAAAUGGCAUUAUCCUUAUAAUAACGACAAUAUAAAAAAUGUGGUGGUCUUAUACAACAUGAAUGACUGGUGAUGGUGAAGUGGAUAUUGGUAUUAUUUUGUGUCCACAGCUGGUAAAAUUUCCCACUUUGUUAUAUGCGAGUUGUGUUUAAAUAAAUAAUUUAUGGAAGGAUACCUUACUUAGACUAAUCAAAGCUGCGACGAUGUAUAGGUACCUACAUACAUAUUUGAUACGAAUAACCUAUAAUAAGCGGCUAAGUGGAAUUUUCUGCCGGCCGUGGACACAUUUAUUUGUAAAGUAGGUUACGAUAAGUGCAAAAAAUGAACAUAAGGGAUUAUAAAUUCUCAUUGACCGCAGCGACCGCGUUUUAACUCGAUUUGCUUUUUGUAUGUCCGGAUGUUCUUCUCUACAGGUCACAAUUCACAAGUGAUUUUCAUGAAUUUUUGUAACUAGAUUCUAUGUAAGAUUUUUUUCUUGAUAUAGUUUUUAGUGUAUAAUGCAGAAAUUUCCAUAAAUGGCUUAAAUGCCAAUUGAUUUUAAAACUAUCGUAACUUGAUUAUUUAUUUAUUUCAUUUGUCGAUACGUUAACAUAACAUUACAGUAGAGCUUAUACGCCAUGAAACUUAAAUAACUAACUAUCAUGAUAAUGACUUUCCGUAUAAAUUUGCGCGACAGAGCCAGAUUGAGUUUCGAUUGGCGUUUAGCGUCAACAAUUUUCGGCUUGGCCGGCUGAUACCUACCUGUCCCUAUUGCACUCUCCUGCAAUAUGUUAUAUUUCUUUUAUAUUAUUUCUGCACAUUAAACCGACAAAACAGUAAUGUGAACAAAGAUAAAAUUACGAGUAGUUAUACAAAAUAUGAACAUGUCAUAUUAUUUAAAGAGAAUACUGCCCUCAUAAGCCCUCAAAACAUAUCUCAAUUUGCUCGCGUUGCCUGUCCGGGCAAACAGCUUCGAGCUACAGGCCGUCUGAGAACAGUCCCCCGUCGCAUGGCACUUUCAAGAACCCGCGUGUCAUCGGCCCUACUUACUACGAACACUUACCUGCCGAUCUUAGGAAUG